GAUUUUCCGUCUUACGAUAAACACGUGAUAAGACAAUUAGUUUCCUGCAUUUAUACUUACGAAAGUACUUAAACCUAUUGUAGUUUUUCACAAACAGAAGAUCAGAUUUUAUAGCGAACUUUAAUAAUAUAAUAAAACAACGGAUUAAAAUGUCUCAGGUUGGAGAAUGGAGACAUGGCUUGUUCAGCUGUUUUGAUGAUUUUGGCAUUUGCAUCAUUUCAUAUUUUCUUCCGUGUGUAACUUACGGUCAAAAUGCAGAGAAAAUGGGAGAAGGGAGCUGUCUCCUUUGUGGUUUGGUUUAUUUUGUUCCAAUUCUCAAUCUUAUUGAGUGGGUAAACAUUCGAGGAAAGAUCCGAGAGAUGAAUGGGAUAGAUGGGACACCGCUGAAUGACUGUCUGACAAUAUUUUUUUGCCCUCUUUGUGCGCUUGCGCAGGAAGGAAUGGAAGUGAAGGGUAUUCCAGGCCUCAUGUCAAUGAGUAGAGAAUAGGAAAAAAUAUACGAACUAGUUUGUGUUUGAGGGCAUGAUUUUUUGAUAAGAUAUUUACUGCUUGGCUAUUUAUAGAAUGUACUUUAAUACAAUUGAUUGUAAAAAUGUACUUUCAGUUAUCUUUCUCAUCUUUUUCUUAGUAUUAAGUACUUUAAAAAUAACCUUUUUAAGUACUAUAAAAAAUUAUGUACGUAUUGUUAAGAAGUAUACAUGUACUGUAUUUAUAAAUAUAUUUUUAAAGAAGA